GCUGAACCAGUUGCUGAACCAGUUGCUGAAUCGGUUGUGGAAUCAGUCGCGGAAUCAGUCGCGGAAUCAGUCGCGGAAUCAGUCGCAGAGCCAGUCGCAGAGCCAGUCGCAGAGCCAGUCGCAGAGCCAGUCGCAGAGCCAGUCGAUGAGCCGGUCGAUGAGCCGGUCGAUGAGCCGGUCGAUGAGCCAGUCGAUGAGCCAGUCGAUGAGCCAGUCGAUGAGCCAGUCGCUGAAUCGGUCGUUGAGCCUGUCGUUGAAUCGGUCGUUGAACCAGUUGCUGAGCCAGUUGCUGAAUCGGUCGCUGAAUCGGUCGCGGAAUCAGUAGCUGAACCAAUCGCUGAACCAGUCGAAAUUCCAGCAGAAGCCGAGCCUGAAGAAGAAGAGUCUCCCACAGUGUCCGAGGUAGAAGUCGAAGAAGAAUCACAGUCAGAGGCUGCAACCGAGUCUGUACUUGCAGAGGAUCCUGCUCCACCAGAGGAGCCAGAACCUGCACCGGCACCCGAGCCAGAAGCCGAGGAACCCGCGCCUAUCGAAGCAGAGGCAGAACCAGAGGUAGAGCCAGAAGCGGUGCCAGAACCUGUGCCAGAACCAGAGGCUGAGCCAGACCCUGUGCCUGAGCCAGCUGUGGAGCCAGAACCCGAGCCAGCUGUGGAGCCUGAGCCUGAGCCACCGGCGGAGCCCGCAUCUGAACCGCCAGCGGAGCCUGAGCCAAAACCACCAGCGGAUCCCGAGCCUGAGCCCCCAGUGGAACUCGAACCCGAACCUCUAGUGGAGGUUAUAUCAGAGCCACCAAUAGAGCCAGAACCCGAGCCACCAGUGGAGCCUGAGCCUGAACCACCGGUGGAGCCAGCACCCGAGCCGCCCGCAGAGCCAGAGCCAGAGCCCGAACCAGAGCCUGAACCACAGAUUGACCCGGUUGUAUUGGUAGGGGGGGUAGCCAAUGAAGGAACCACGGAGAAUAUUGCCCCUGUAGACAGGUCCUUCGACUUCAGCCAAAGUCCCACUCGACCACCACCGCCUAUUCCUGUUGAUGAUUACAGAGAGCGUGACAUCGCAAUUGACGAUGAACUUUCAGCGGAGCCUCCUGUCCGCGAGAAGACACGUCGGAGGCACUCGCAUGCUCAUCGUGACGGCUACCAUCACUCGAGUCGUAGGCGUGAAAGUGAUGCUAGUUACAGGGAGCGCCCGAUCAUGGCUGUACCAGACCCUUCCAGUAUGCCAAAGACCAAGCGUCGCGACAGCAUGAACGAACGCGAAGCUGAGCGGAGAAGGGAAAGACUACGUGAGGCUGAGAGAACCAGUAGCAGUAGCGACAGAGAGAAAGCCUAUCCAGAGUAUCGGCCCCACCGCCGCGAUAGUAGGAGCGACGAGAGACACCCUAAACGUCGCCCCGUUGAGGAGAAGGAAGAUGAAGCCGAGAAACUCAGGCGACGUGAAGCUCGGAGGGCUGAAAAAGAACGACUUGCUGCUGCGGAUGCUGCUCGGCUCAAAGCUGAAGAAGAAGCUAGAAAACUGGAGCAUCGUGAACGACGCCGUGCAGCAAAGCGAGCAGAGGAAGAAUACAUCAGAGCUCAGGAGGAACGUCGAAGGCUUAAAGAAGAGAAAAGACAGGCCAUUGAAGACGAGGAACGACGAAUUCGACACGAAAAAAGACGACAAAGGCACGAAGCCGAGAAGGAAGCGAAACGUUUGGAGCUGGAGAAAUUGGAACAGGCUGCACGUGAUGACGAAGAGGCCAAGAGAGUUCGACGACAGAAGAGGGCGGAGCGGGAAGCAGCUAAACUAGCAGCAGCGCUUCAAGAAGAUCUCAUCGAGCCACCCCGCGACACUGCUCGACGUGCUGCAGAGGACUAUGAUGAGCAACUGCCACCCCCUCCUCUACCACCUGUCGUUGACGAGACGCCACGCAGUGCACCACCACGAAGACGACUGAGCAUCCGAGACACUCCACCAAGUGGAAAGCGUGGUGGUAUUUUUGGAGGUAUCUUUGGUCGCUCGAAGACGGAAGCUGCUCCACCUGUACUAAAACCCACCCGGUCAACCCGCGCGCGUGCAAACACGUUAGAUGGUCCCGUCAAAGUUCCAAGGAGAGAAUUCGAGCCAGAGAGUUCUCCGAGCAGGGACAUCUCAUCCAACAAUGAGAGCCGAGACCGAGGCGAACGCGCACAUCGUAGUCGACGUUAUUCACACCAGCGCCGCCAAUUCGGAUCACCUGAAGAAGAGGCCGAGUACUACAGGUGGAAAGAAGAACGGCGUUAUAUGCGCCGUCCAGAACACGAAGUGUCUGGUGGUAGGGAAUUUGGAGUUACUUUUGCAUCGCCAAUUGUUGACCUUCCUCCGCCCCCACCUAAACCUUUUGAAUACGACCUCGACGAUGAGGCAAUCGAUGAUGCGGAAUCACCUAUCAUCGAGGAUGCAGCUGCAGUGGUUGGCGUAGCCUCUUACUCGGACGAGGAACGACGCGAACGUCGUCGAAGUCGGCGCAUGUCCAAGCCAGAAGAACGUCCCAAGGCACGCCGCAUCUCCGUCACUGAGAAGGAGCGCCCUUCUGGUCGUCGCCCCGAGGCCGACCGGCCACGAACUCGCGACCGCGGAGAUGACCGCCCACGUGUAAAGAGAGGCGAGAAUGAGCGCCGUGACAGAAGAAAGAAGGAAGAGUCGAGCGGUCUCAAGGGAUUGUUUGGAGGGCUCAAGAAGAGAAUUGCUUAG